GAGAUUUAAGACUAUUGCAAUAUUAAUUAAUUGGAAGAUUAUCAGCGUUUGGCGCUUAUUGCGUCAACAAAAGUUACUAGUACGUUUACUAUGGAUAAGUUUGUGACAAGAGCCCCGACAUGGCAAAAGCUAACCUAUGCAACUGCGCUUGAAAAAUCCCGAAAAGAUGUUCAGCCGACAAAUAAUUGUAUGGUGAAAAAGAAGCCACUGCGAGAAAGCCAAGUGAAACAAACCGAAAUGGUGGAGAACUCGCCUGUGCGAAAUAAACGUCGAUUAAGCAUUCGGGAUGAGCGAUUGUUGAAAAUUUUUGCAAGCAAACCUGACCAGCCAUUGGUGCCAUCUAAUGAGGACAGUGGGCUCAGUAGCUCUUCCCAAGGAUCCAUAGAAAAUUUCAGUUUUCUUGUACAUGGAGCUGACGACAGAGAGUCUUUGCCUGGGAAAGCAAAAAAACCUGUGCGAAUUGAGCGACUAUGUGAGCAGCGCCGAUGUAAUGCGUUCACAGCAAAAGCUCUUGAUAUCCGAAACGCCACCAGCAACUUUCAAAGAGGUGGUACUUGAAAGCAACCAAAGUAACUCCGUUGCAACUUCUUCUAAAACUGCAAUAAAUUCCAAGGCAAAAUCAACGGACAGCAACACAGCUCCUCAAGCCAGCCUUAACAACGUCGAAGGAACUCUCACGCAAGAGCCUACGACACCCGCAACAACUAACCAGAAUCCACAAAUGGCGCGCAUACAACGUGAUCUCAAUAGCCCUUCUGCCACAGUACGCGUGCGAGCAAUGAGGGCUUUAAAAAAUCCCAAUAACGCUGCUUAUACCAACUUUGACGUACCACAUGAAGAACAAGAUAUUAUCAGUGUAGAGGAACGCCAACCACCUCCACCGCCUUCGAUCGAGGAGCUAAUGCGUGACAUUGUGGUUUAUGUAGAAGUACGUACCGGCGAAGACAAUAGGUCUGAAGGUGUAAAAAAAGUAAUUUCCCAAUUAGGCGCACGCGUAAAUCACAAACUUCUUAGAGGUACAACACAUGUGAUAUUUAAAGAUGGUCUGUUAUCCACAUACAAAAAAGCUAAAAACUGGAAUAUACCUGUCGUUUCGAUUUUAUGGGUUGAAGCCUGUAAAAAUAAGCGAAUGAUUUGUGAUCCGAACGAAUAUCCCAUAUCGAAUAUAGAUCGCUAUGAAAAUCCAGAACUGUACGACAAAAUGAAGGCAAUCGCUACUCUUGGUGGCCUGCAACUGAAUCACUGUGUUAACGACCAUACUACGCAUGUGGUGAGUUACGAACCGCGUCGAACGCUGAAUCUACUGCGCGGUCUAAUACGUGGCCUCUGGAUUCUCGAUUACAAAUGGGUAGUAGACUCACUUAAAGCCGGUUGUUGGCUAAAUGAGGAAGAAUAUGAGUUGAGAGUGUUUUCGCGCGCCGUCGAGAUUUGUCGCACCGAACGUCAAGCUUUUGGUAAUACCUACAAAUGUGAACUCUUUACGGAUUUAGGUGCCUUUUACAUAUCAUCGCGUUGUGGUCCCAUCUCAAAGGAAAAUCUAAAAGAGCUGAUUGAAUUAUGUGGCGGCAAAGUGGUCGAUCAUCGCAAACGUGCUAAAUAUAUACUCGGCGAUCCACACAAAUCACUCGAAGAUAAAGUCUACGUAACUCCAUUUUGGGUAUUGGAUAGCAUUACGCAGAUGCAAGUGAUGCGUCAACAAAAAUAUAGCUAUGCGUCGAAUCAAAAUCAAAUCAUGAAGACGCAACCGCAAUUGUCACAGGCAAACGACGACGCAGUGGUUUCAACUUAAUUAUAGAUACAUAGUUGCGCAGUGUGAAAUUAAGGCAUUGAUAAAGCAUCACAAAAAUUUUGUUGGCAUUUUCACAAAAAAUUUGUUAAAAUAUGGAAAUUUUUAUGGAGGAAUCCACUUAGUAAAAUUUAAGAAUUAUUUAGAACUCAUGAACGUUUUCUUUCCAUUGCAAUUGUAGUAAAUAACAUUAAAAAAAUAAUAAUAAAUUAUAUAAUAGUAAGCUAUAUCUUUUGUUUUUAUGUUAAAUCUUGAGUCAACUUGAACACUUUUAGAUCUCUACCAUUAAGACCUGUAGAAUUCAAAAGAUCGUUCAUGAGAUGUGUAGUGUAGAUGUGUAGAUAGCUAUGAGAGAGUUAUCGAUCUAGCUAUUGUUAGUGUACGCUACUUACUACUUGUAAUAAAAAAUCAGAUCCUAAACCGAUUUUUCUUAGGGAAAAAUCCAUCUCAACAUACCUCUAGAUUCUGUUGAGCUCCAUGAAGGAGCCUUAAAAACGUCAACAAGAUAAAAUUUGAUGAAGAGCUGGCAGGAAUGUUAAGAAAAAUCCUCAAUGAGUACGGGAUAGUCAACAUCAUUUACUACAUCGAAAACGAAAGGCUCAUCCUAUUAUGCAAGGAUUUCAGGUUCAUCAAUAGGCAUCUUUACUGGACUCAUAUAUAAGAUCCUAAAAGCGCAGAUAACGUAGCGCAAAGCAUAUGAAUACCUUCUGUAUACGCUCGAUUCUUAUAAUAUGACAUGCAUAGUAAUGGAGACCAGUAACUUAAGCCUAGAACGUACAAUUGCCACAUAUGUAUAUCAGUUUCAUGAAUCGGUGAAUUCCGAGCUCUUUAGUAGGAUGAUGAAACGCUACCCGUAAGUUUCGGAUUCUCACAUUUUUUAAAUGAAACGCAUGGGGCUAAGUGUUUGUUCGAGCUUCUCAAAUUUUUAAUGUGCGGCAUGAAUUGAUCACACAAAUGAAGUGGCUUACGUAGCUUCCGAAUCGCAUCUGUUUUUUUCCGAGAAGCCUUUUCAGCGCAGGUAAUAUUUAAAUAUAUGUAUAUUUUUAG